AUGUCGGGCACUUCAAUUCCAGAGAGGACUGAACUUGCCCAGAAACCUCAGCAAAAGCCAACACGAUCUGAAAGCCAUGACGUGAUUGACAUCUCAGCUCAUAAGAAUGCACCGCGAAACCCGACGCAAUGGCGACCAUCAUAUCAUUUCCUCGCACCAGCUGGAUGGAUGAAUGACCCAUGUGGCAUCGGCUAUGACCCAGCGACAGGUCUAUACCAUCUAUCCUUCCAAUGGAACCCGCAAGGCAACGACUGGGGCAAUAUGUCCUGGGGCCAUGCCACGUCCCCAGACCUGGUAUCAUGGACGACAUACAAGGACCCGAUUCUGACGCCAACAGCCGAUUAUGACUGUCAAGGCGUGUUCACGGGAUGUUUACGAGCAACCGACAUUUCUGGCAGCCCGGGGUCUCUCACUGCCAUAUACACCUCCGUGAGCAAUCUCCCGCUUCAUUACACGCUACCAUAUGUCAAUGGAAGCGAGUCGCUGAGUAUAGCCGUCUCAGAAGAUGGCGGUAUAACCUGGGAACGCCAGGAUUGUAACCCAAUUGUCGCUGGCCCCCCUGAGCAGUUCACCGUGACUGGGUGGAGAGAUCCGUGUAUCACGACUUGGGCUGAGGGGCCUCUUUCCAAGGAUUCACCGUCAACUCUAUACGGGUUGAUAUCCGGAGGUAUUGUUGGAAAAACGCCAACUGCUUUUGUGUAUACCGUGAAAUCUAGUGACCUGCGCCAAUGGGAAUUCCUCGGCCCUUUGGUUGACGUCGGCCUCAAUCUUCGACCUUCGCGCUGGUCUGGCGACUUUGGAGCGAAUUGGGAAGUUGCCAAUAUGAUGACUCUAUCCGAUGGCCAUGUUUCUCGGGAUUUCGUCGUCAUGGGAGCAGAAGGAUGUCUGCCCUCGCAGGGUACAGUUCAAGGCGGAGUCCAGGAAGCUGACAGCAAGCGAGAACCCCGAGGCCAGCUUUGGAUGUCUAUCAAGGCGUCUGAGAAACGAGGCUCUAACUCUACAGAUGACGCCCUGGCUUCGUAUGCUUUCUCUGGGUUCUUCGAUCACGGAUGCUACUACGCAGCGAACUCUUUCUGGGAUGUCCAGACUUCCCAGCAAAUCGUUUUCGGAUGGAUUACAGAAGAGGAUCUCUCUGAUUCUCUGCGCCAUCGUCAAGGUUUCAGUGGACUGACUUCGCUGCCCCGUGUUGUGGGAUUGAUGACUUUGAACAAGGUCAAAAAGGCACGCAACUCCUCAUUGAGUUCAAUUACCUCAAUUGAAGUUAUUCCCGAUGGACCAGGAACAGACACUUCGACUGUCCGUACAAUGAAGAUCAGCCCUGAUAGCCGGCUUUCACGACUACAAGAAGGUGCCCAGAAGAGUCAACUUGUUGAUGUCCACCUGACUACCGCACCCACGGCCAUGAAGGCGUUCAAGUCAACCAGAUGGGAAAUGAACGCCGAGUUCAGUGUCGGUCAAAAUUGCACACGGGUGGGCAUCAGGAUCCCACAUACAUCUGACCCCGAAAAUCCGAACUGCACAACACUAUGCUGGAUCCCAGACAGUGAAACCUUCACCAUCCACCGACCACACCUCGACAACGCAGAGGUAAACCAAGGCUUCGAAACCGCACCGCAUACCCUAUUCACCUUCACGAAUGAGGGCCAAGAAAUCGAAGAGACUCUCCGAGUCCACGCCUUCUUUGAUGCCAGCGUUUUGGAGGUAUUCGUUAAUGACCGGACGGUCAUUUCUACUCGCAUUUAUUACCCUGACGACUGUUGCUUCGGACCUAUCUUCUUUGCGGAAGGAGAUACCACCCCGAACGAAGGACAGCCAGCAGCCACCCUUCUUCAAGUCGACAUCUGGGAUGGAAUAGGGGUAUAA